CAGGCCGUACAAGAUGCCUAUUGCCACGAGAUUGCUCUUGCUGGUUGCCCUGGGGAACAUGGCAGUCUCCUUCAGCCUCCCAGUGUUGCAAGAGGAACCAUCAGGUGGGAAAUUAGUUGCUGUUCCUCACGGAGCCAGUAUUCCGGAAGGUGCAACGUCAGUGCCAGAAGGACUCAGAAUGCCAGCUCAUGUUGUCGCAGAUGCAACACAGAGAGCAAGGCUGAGCGGCAAGGCAGUGGCAGUUGAUAUCCCCAAGUCAGCCAUACAGGGAGCGAGCAGUUUCUCAGACACGCUGGCUCGCAAGACCAGCCACAGGCAGAGGAUGACUACCAUGCGGGACAGCCAGAUCGGGGACGGGGCUGACCAGAUCUCGGGUGAUGGAGCGACGGCAAAACGACAGCCCGUGGAUGAGGUCUCACGACUCAUCUCGAUGCUCCCGUAUGCGUUCGGGAUGGUUGCAGUUGCUGUUGUGCUUGUACUAUGCUUGAUCGGAAGGAUUUCCAAGUACGUGUCCUCAGAGAACUCAUCGUAUUUCGCCAAGGAUGGUUCUCAGGCACAGCACAAGUCUGUGCCCAAGGGUGUGGGAGGGAUGGGGAGAGUGGGCUUCCGAAGGUACUAGACAAGUCUUGUUGCAAUUCUUAUUAUCGAAACAAAGGGAGAUUGUAAAUAAACGUCUUGCUACUCGC